GCGAAAACGCCAAGUCAUGUGAGACAAUUUGCAACCGUGUGGCGGCCUAUAAAAGGCACCUUUGACCAGCUGAAGCAAAUACUCAAAAGGCAGCCGCGGCCGAGAUGUUAAGCAAGUUGUUCACCCACAUCAGUGAAAAGCCACUGAGCGAGCGGGUUAAGUCCCGAGAUGCCUUCAUUUACUUGGACCGGGUGAUGUGGUCCUUUGGCUGGACCGAGCCAGAAAACAAAAAGUGGAAUCUGCACUACAAGCUGUGGUCAGCAUCCGUGACAGUAGUGUUGCUGAUCCUUCUGCCCAUCUCGGUGAGCAUCGAGUACAUUCAGCGGUUCAAGACCUUCUCGGCGGGUGAGUUCCUCAGUUCCUUCGAGAUCGGAGUCAACAUGUACGGCAGCAGCUUCAAGAGCGCCUUCACCAUGCUGGGAUUCAGGAAGAGGCAGGAGGCUAAGAUGUUGCUGGACCAGCUGGACAAGAGAUGCAUCAGCGAUGAGGAGAGGUCCACUGUGCAUCGCUAUGUGGCCAUGGGAAACCUGUUCGACAUUCUGUACCACAUUUUUUACUCCACCUUCGUGGUCAUGAACUUUCCGUACUUUCUGAUGCAGCGUCGACAUGCCUGGCGCAUGUACUUUCCCUUCAUCGACUCCGAAAAGCAAUUUUACAUCUCCAGCAUCGCCGAAUGCUUUCUGAUGACCGAGGCCAUCUACAUGGAUCUCUGCACGGACGUGUGUCCCCUGAUCGCCAUGCUCAUGGCUAAGUGCCACAUCAACCUGCUGAAGAAGCGGCUCAGAAAUCUCAGAUCGGAGCCAGGGAAGACCGAGGAGGAGUACUUGUCGGAGCUCACCGAGUGCAUCCGCGAUCAUCGAUUGCUGUUGGACUAUGUUGACGCACUGCGACCCGUCUUUUCGGGCACCAUUUUCGUGCAGUUCCUCCUGAUCGGCACUGUGCUGGGUCUCUCAAUGAUUAACCUAAUGUUCUUCUCGACAUUUUGGACCGGAGUCGCCACCUGCCUCUUCAUGUUCGACGUGUCCAUGGAGACCUUCCCCUUUUGCUAUUUGUGCAACAUGAUCAUCGACGACUGCCAGGAAAUGUCCGAUUGCCUCUUUCAAUCGAACUGGACCUCCGCCGACCGUCGCUACAAGUCCACCUUGGUAUACUUCCUUCACAAUCUUCAGCAGCCCAUUACUCUGACGGCUGGAGGCGUUUUUCCCAUUUGCAUGCAAACCAAUUUGGCUAUGGUCAAGCUGGCCUUCUCUGUGGUUACUAUAAUGAAACAAUUUAACUUGGCCGAUAGGUUUCAAUAGGUUGAGAAAUGCAAGCUACACUCAACAAAAUACUGUUUAACAUAUAACACAACACUGUGCAAUUAACUUCUGCAAAAGUUUAGCGUGGUAAUUUUAGUAGGAUGCCGGAAUUGUAAUUUUAUGAACUUUCUCUUAAAGCAAAAGAAAGUUCUUUGGCGCAAAAGAAAUCGAGACAAGCUCCACAAUAAAACGACUUCAAGUUGGUCAGUAAAUCUA